CGGCGGCCCGCCGCGCCCGGGCGCCCGCCGGUCCUCCGGGCGUGUUUCCCAUGCUGCACCGCGGCGCGGCGGCGCUCUGGCCGGGCUGUCGCUGUCACCGCCAGGAGGAGGCUGAGGGAAGGCGCCGCUCGCCCCGCCGGAGCAGGAAGAAGCCGCCGCCGCCAACUUCCCCUCGGCCUCCCCUCCCCCGCCGCCGCCGCCUCCCCUCCCCCGCGCCCCACCGCCGCCCCGCCAUGCCCGGGGCCGCGGCACGGGCACUCUGAGGAGCCGCCGCCGCCGCCGCCGCCGCGCCCCGGCCCGGCCCGCCUUCUCUUCGCAGCUCUGCGGCCGGUGGCUGUGCGGCAUACCGGAUGUGCAUUUUCCCUUGAAGCCAUGUGAAAUCUCAUUCUCUUACUAUAAAGUGGAUUGACUUGGAAGUAAACUUGUCACCUAGCACUACCUGAGCUCACUCAAGGCAUUAAAGAAUUGUUGUCUGUAUUUGAAGAGAGGUGCUGUGAAAAUCAAGAGUUAUUGCACUUAAGAAUGAACAUUGAAGACAAGCUGGGAGGAUUAUUUCUUAAAUGUGGUGGCAUAGACCAAAUGCAGUCAUCCAGGGCUAUGGUAGGGAUGGGUGCAGUAUCUGACCAGUCUGGAGUGUCGGGAGAACGGCAAGAGGCAGUGCUUCAAGAUCGGACUAUGGCGCACCAAGAAAUUCUUGCAACAGAUGAAGUGUUACAGGAAAGUGAACUUCGACAGCAAGAGAUGAUUUCACAUGAUGAACUCAUGGUCCAUGAGGAGACGGUAAAAAAUGAUGAUGACAUGGAUACGCAAGAUAGACUUCCUCAAGGGCUGCAGUAUGCUGUUAAUGUCCCUAUCAGUGUAAAGCAAGAAAUUACCUUUACUGAUGCAUCUGAACAACAGAAACGAGACAAAAAACAAAUACGAGAGCCAGUAGAUUUGCAGAAAAAGAAGAAAAGAAAACAGCGUUCACCAGCAAAAAUCCUUACAAUAAAUGAGGAUGGAUCACUUGGUCUGAAAACCCACAAAUCUCAUGUUUGUGAGCAUUGCAAUGCUGCCUUUAGAACCAACUACCAUUUACAGAGACAUGUCUUCAUUCAUACAGGUGAAAAACCAUUUCAGUGCAGUCAGUGCGACAUGCGUUUCAUACAGAAGUACCUGCUACAGAGGCAUGAGAAGAUUCAUACUGGUGAAAAGCCAUUUCGUUGUGAUGAAUGUGGUAUGAGGUUUAUUCAGAAGUAUCACAUGGAAAGGCACAAAAGAACUCACAGUGGAGAGAAGCCUUACCAGUGUGAAUAUUGUUUGCAGUAUUUCUCCAGGACUGAUCGUGUGCUGAAACAUAAACGUAUGUGCCAUGAGAACCGUGACAAGAAACCGAACAGAAGUGCCACCAAAGUUGGCUUUUUGCCAUCGGAGGAAGAUUCUGGUUUCUCUACGCCUAUGAAAGACAGCUCCUUGCCAAAGAAGAAAAGGCAGAAAACGGAGAAAACGAAAUCUGGGGAUAAGGAAGGUACAGAUAAAUCAGAACAGAAGAAGGACAAAAAUGACUAUUUGCCUUUGUACUCUUCUAGUACUAAAGUAAAAGAUGAAUAUAUGGUAGCGGAAUAUGCUGUUGAGAUGCCACAUUCUUCAGUCAGUGGAACGCAUUUAGAAGAAGCAAAUUCUGGAGAAAUACACCCACCUAAGCUCGUUCUCAAAAAAGUUAACAGCAAGAGGAGUCUGAAACAGCCACUUGAGCAAAGUCAAACCAUUUCACCUUUAUCUACAUAUGAAGACAACAAGGUUUCAAAGUAUGCCUUUGACCUUGUGGAUAAACAAAGUUUACUGGACUCUGAAGGUAAUGCUGACAUUGAUCAAGUUGACACAUUACAGGAAGGGCCCAGUAAACCUGUACACAGCAGCACUAAUUAUGAUGAUGCAAUGCAGUUUUUAAAGAAAAAGAGGUAUCUACAAGCAGCUAGUAAUAACAGUAGAGAAUAUGCCUUGAAUGUAAGUACCAUAGCAUCUCAACCUUCGGUAACACAGGCAGCUGUGGCCAGCGUCAUUGAUGAAACUGCUACAGCUUCAAUAUUAGACACACAGGCACUGAAUGUUGAAAUUAAAGGUAGCCAUGACAAAAAUGUCAUUCCAGAUGAGGUACUGCAAACUCUGUUAGAUCAUUAUUCACACAAGGCUAAUGGACAACAUGAGAUAUCUUUCAGUGUGGCUGACACUGAGGUGACCUCCAGUAUAUCAAUCAAUUCUUCUGAAGUAUCUGAGGUCACCCAAUCUGAGACAGUUGGAACAAGCUCUCAAGCUUCCUCAUCAGAUAAAGCUAGUAUGCUACAAGAGUAUUCAAAGUUUUUACAACAAGCUUUGGACAGAACUAGCCAAAAUGAUGCCUAUUUGAACAACCCGAGCCUUAAUUUUGUGACUGAUAACCAGACUCUUACAACCCAGCCAGCAUUUCCUUCCAUGGAGAAGGUCUACACGUCUAUACCCGUCAAUAGCUUUCGAUCGGGAAUGAACUCUCCAUUAAGAACGACUCCAGACAAGUCUCAUUUUGGACUAAUGGUUGGUGAUUCGCAGCACCCUUUUCCCUUUUCAGGUGAUGAGGCAAAUCAUUCUUCUUCCUCCUCUACACAGGACUUCUUGGAUCAAGUAACUUCUCAGAAGAAAGCAGAGGCACAGCCUGUUCACCAAGCAUAUCAAAUUAGCUCCUUUGAGCAGCCCUUUAGAGCUCAGUACCAUGGGGCAAGAGCUGGAAUAUCAUCUCAAUUUAGCACUGCCAAUGGACAGGUGAACCUUCGGGGACCAGGGACAAGUGCUGAUUUCCCAGAAUUUCCCUUGGUGAAUGUAAAUGAUAGCAGAGCUGGGAUGACUUCUUCACCUGAUGCCACAACGGGCCAGACUUUUGGCUAAGAAAUCUUUGUAAAUAAUACUGGCACUUUAGAACACAUUUGUCAAAAGGGGGUUGCUCUGUAUAAGAUGGAGUUCUGUACAGCUUUUAAGAGCGCUAUGUUAAAACAAAAGUAAGCUGAUAUUAGCAAGACCAAUAACUGCUUCUUCUUUUCUUUCUUUUUUUUUUUUGGUUAGUCACCAGUCAUUGAACUGCCUGAUGUUGGUGCCCCUAUCAAAGGCAGUUUAUUAUUCACUUGUUUGAAUCCCGAAAAUAUUUUACCUUCUAUGAAAUUUAAAAUAAACAAAAUCCCCAGGUAAGACUUUCCCCCAUGAUUGUUUCCUUACUGGUUUCCUUGUAUGCUUUCGGAGGACAGUUUAUUGUCUGAUGCUAUUCAUAUUGUCAUUUCUAAGCUUGUCAGUAUAGUCAUUGCUCUUCAGCAGGGAGUCAACAUGUACUAAACACACAGAAUAAAUAGUAAGUUUCAAAGUCAAGCAAAUAUGGCUUUAAAAGAUGGCAUUUUCUAGAAAAAUAAUCUUUCUUCCAUCUCUCUCAGAAAUAACUUUAGACCAUGUGCCCUUUAUUUCUGCUUUGCAUUACCUUGAGUUGUGUUUGGAGGAAAAAAUGAAUUCUGAUAGACUAACUCUACUAUUUAAAAAUCUAAUUAAUUUAAAAUACUUUAGACACUUUUUAAAGCAAAAUGCCUAACUGCUAAAGCCUUUACUUCAUUCCUGAAGUAAUGUGUAUUUCUUUGUACAGCUGAAUCUAGAUGUAACUUUUUAAUGACUUUUUCAUACGCAGAUAUCAAGAUUUUGAAGUUUUAGUUAAAAUACUCUGUAGAUGACAUUCCCAAUUGCAUAAUGCUUACACAAACUGUGUAUUCCAAGAUUUAAAAGCUUAAUUGUACCUUACCCUACAUAUUCAUAAUGAUUAACAUAGAGCACUUAGUCAACUUGAUAGUUUUUGAUUUCUCAAAAAAUAAAACCAUUUUUAGAUUUUUAGGUUUGAUACGGUUGCAUCAUUUUCAUCUCAUACAGCUCCAAUAAUUCUUUUCAAUAUACUUGAGAUUGGGUAUUCUUAGCUUCUGUAAAAACUGUUUUAAUUCUCUGUCUAGAAUUUUGACAAUUCAGAUCAUUAAAUUUAUUGAAGUAUCCCUGAAAGCUGAAGAAGUGGGCAUUCAAAUUCCCUAUCUUUUUAGUGUUUGCUUAGUAAAAGUCAUUAUAAUUUUACCAACCAAAACUGCUGAAUAAUGCUAGUGAACAGGAUAUCUUUUUCCAGCGUUGGCGAGUGAUCAGAAGUUUUCGUUGCAUUUCACAGUAUAAAUAAACCACAAAGUUUAUCCCUGUACCAUGAAUAUGUUUUUUUGAAUAGUACUUUGUCUUGAAGUAUACAGUAUGGUACGAUAAGUAGUUCUGUGUGCAUUUUUAAGGUGGUAAGAUUUGAGUAGCAUAACUAUUGUGUAGUUUAAGUUAACAAGUUACAGAUUUUUGAACUGUAUGUUCAUUCUAUUGCACCUUCCCUAAAGGGACACUGUCUGGUAGUUUAAGGCAGUUUAAGCCUAAUGUAGGCUGGUUAACCAGGGAAAAACGCACACACACACGUAUAUAUAUAGGUAUGUAUGUAUAUGGUGUUGUUUUUUUUGUUUGCUUUUUUUUAAAAUAGGAUUGCAUACAUCCUUUUACAGCACUAUUCCUAGCUGGUAUCUCUCAGAUGAAGCCAUCAGCUAGGAGGAAAGACUGUGUCUCAAGGGGCUAAAAUAUAUCCUGUCUUUUAAGAAAGGACUUGAGCAGGACAUACAACAGUUCCCACUUCUUCCCAAAGCAGUAGCAAUAUUUUUCUUAAUUUUCAUUACUAGGAAACUGAUCCCACUCUGUCUCUUUUCCCUUAUGGUAGCACUAUUAUAGCACUAACUUCACUUGGUACAGUUGAGGGAGAAAGUGCAUUUAUUACCCAUAGCUUGCUUCUUAUAUUUACAAGAAAUACAAUGUAUGUAAACCUCUUGCGUAAUAUUUUUGUAUGAGAAAACAGGUUCUGUUUUGAUUCAUUGACCCUGUGUAUCAUAUAGGAAGGUGUUUAAGCGUGCUAUGACUUAGCAGUAAUUUUGUCUGAAUAUUUGGCCCCGAGUUAAGAAGAAUGAGGAUCAAGGGAGAAAAGUAAAUUCCUUAUGGAUUAUUAAUGAUACAUGUAAAGAAAUUUCUUUGAAAGAAUAUUUUUAAACUGCUUCAUGUGUCUCUGUUUUUCUUCCUUCAUGCUCAGUUUGAUUUUUUUGACUUUCCAUUCUAUGUUGCACAGACAUAAUACAUAUGACCCCUGUAUCCCAGGAAGCCCUCUCUUGCAACACGUUUCGUUUUCAGUGUUUCACUUCCAUGACACCCUAGCUUGUGCCGUGUGAAUAAUACUGUGUUGGCAGCUUUGUUCUAAUGUCCUGUUGUUGCAAGUAGAUGGCCAUUAAUAGUACUAUUUGUUAAAUACAACAAGCAGCAAAAGCCAAAAAAAAAAAAAAAAAAAAAAGAAGCUAGAUUAUUACUGCACUUCUCUGGCCCCAUAGGGAGGUAAGAGGAAUAAAGCCUCCUUCUGCCUAAGGAGAUUGACUGAGCUUUAUUUUAAAAAGUUACUGUAUUGAUACUCUGCUGUGAGAAAGUGAUCGAGGAGUAGGAUGGAAUAGCUCUCGCUCUAUGCCAUCUUCACACUUAGGAAUUGCUGCUUGGGUGCAUGAGGGAGCAAGGUAUUGUACAGAGUAAGGAACUUGCUCUUCCAUGGAGCAAAGUUGAGCAUCCUCUGAGGAACUGUUAUUCCUUAUGUCGCAGCUCAUUCUCUAGCCUGCUGCUGAGCCAUUACAGCUAUACUCUGUGCCUUAGGACAGGUUGUAAAGUCCCCUUCUAGCCCACAGGGACUGUCUCGCAGGGUUCUUCCAUGUGUACAGUUAAGGCGGUGGUGUGAGUAGUUGAUCUGCUGGUGCUUGAAGCUUUCUGUACUGGAGGAGUUAACCAAAUAUACUGCUAUGAUUUCCUGAGUACAUGCCCUUUUAUUCUGGAAUAAGUGUGUAUGGAGUUCUGGGAGGUUCAACUAUGUAAAAAGCACUUGCCUGUUUAAUAAUUACAUUAUUUAAUAAGAUUUUCCACUGCUUGUGUUUUGCUGCUUUUAAUCUGCUACAGAUGCACACUCAUCAUUUUGAUCUGGUCAGUGUUCAUUUUUGUUAGUUUUCCGUGUAUGUCUGGAAAAAAGCGACUUUGGUUUUCUGUUCUGUUCUUGUACUGAUAUUGUUCAGUCUGUCAGCAUAAGGCUGGGGUGAGCAUUUAUAUUCCACAGAGCUAACAACAGACGUUCUUACUUAAAGGUCAUGCAAGCACUGAAUGUGUGUGUGUGUGUAGGGUGGAAUUUUUUGGGGAUAUCUCCUAGUGAUAGAGCAAUGGUGAUUUUAAAAAAAAGAAAGUUGAUGACAUUUAUUACCAAACUAUAUAUAUAUACACACAAUACAUGUGUGUGUAUAUAUAUAUACACACAUGUAUUAAUAGGCCAUAUGUUGGUCCUAAAUUACUUGACAGUGUCCCUUUUAGCAUGAAUCCUUUGAUAUGUUUUACCAUUAAUAUAACAGACAAUGAAGGAAUCAGCUUGUAAUGGUAUACUAAUAGGCAUUUACAUUUUCUUCAUUUGAUUUGAGAAUGAAUUAAUCAUAAAUUACAAGGUUUGGGGAGAAGGAUUAACCAUGUGUAUUACUGUAUGUUGGUUUACGAAUAACAACAUAAACAAUUUAAAUUGGAUGAUAAAAGAACUAUGUUUAUGAUCUUGUGUCUCCUAGUGUUGUCUUUAGGAAAAUUGUGUUUCAAGAAGAAAAUAGGACAAGAAAGUGUUCAUGUGGAAUAACACUUGUAUUAUUUUUAUAUUGUACUUGUCAAUUUUUUGGAUGACGGGAGCUUUUCAUUGUUAAUUGAGAAGUACAGUAAAAUCUUGCUAAUUCGCUGACCGCUAAUCAGAACAUCUCAUAGGUUUAUACAUCCCCGAUGGUCUCUUCCCCACCUCUCUGCAAUGGUCUAAAAAGUACUGUAGUGAGGUCUCAUAUUGGUAAUACUGUACUACUUCACCCAAGUAUACUACAGAAUCUAUAGGAGUAUACUGGGAGGUACAAGAAGUAUUGAAAACUAAAUUACAGUUGUCAAAAUAAAUGAACAAAGUACGUUUUGUGAUGUGACAUCCUUGCUUUUAUUGCCUGCUUCUUCACUAUUUUCAAAAUUGUCAUUUGUAAAGGGUUUCUAAGGCAUUGCUGCGAAUUAUUGGGGUUCUACUGUAACUUUUGGAGUUUAUUCUAAAGUAUUCAUGUUCUCCUAUGAAAACUUUCCACUUGGACAGAUACAUUAUAUUCCGUGCUUGUUCAGAAUAUUUUUAUAGUGUUUGUAUCAUAUGUAGUAACUGUUUGAAAUGAACCAGAAUAUUUGGAUGAAUCCACUCUGAAUUUUGCAGCAUUGGAUUACUUUAUGUAUGUAUAUUUGCUAACUAAAUUUUCUUGGUUUUGAGAGCUUUGAUUUUUAUUCUUCGUCGUCUGCUUGUUUUAAUACCAUUACAAAUCACAGGGAAAAUCCUAAUACUCCUGGGAAUCUGUUUGAAAAUUUUAACAGGCAGAAAUAUGCUUAUGGAGUUGGUACCAGUACACAUGUGAACUUUCAAAUUACAUGGUUGGUACUGAAGCAAAUGAAUAACGUUACAGUUUCCUAGUGUUAAAUGUUUUACUAAAAUGAAGCCUUGUAACUUUGAAAGUUCAUUCAACUUAUGGUAAUGCAUGUUUAUGUUAGGCAUGUAAUGCAUUUAGCUAAAACUCACUUUGCAAAGGACAAGUUCUAAGAAAGUAUUACUGCUAAUGAAAAGAAAUGUCUUUAAGUUAAAAUUUAAACUUUUGUUCGGUUUUAAAUUGCUUUGUGUCAGGGAAAUAAAUUUAUAGUCGCUUUUGCUCUACUUGGCAUAUAAAACCUUAUGUUUCCUUUUUAAAAUUACAUCUUUUGGUAGGAAACACAAACUGAGGCAAGCAAACAUUUAUAAGAGUUGUUUCUUGCUUUCCUUAAUCCAAUGGAUGGAAAGGUAAUAUUGUGUAAACAACAUUAUUUUAUUUUUUUAUGCAAUAUCAUGCUGUAAAUAUGAUUUAUCAAAUAAGGAUGUACCUAUGAUUGAAUCUUUGAUUCUGCACAGCUAGAGUUUAUAUAUAAAUAUAAAUGUGUCUUGACAAUCAAGGACUUAUGUCAGUCUUCCUUUAUGACGUUUCUUAUUGUUAUGCAUUCCAUUUGUUUGACUUGAGUAUUUGUAUUGUCUGUAAAGUAUGUAAUGUUUUUAUAGCUUGUUUAAAAAACAAACAAAAAAGCCUGUAAAUACAUAACGAACUGAUCACAGUACCGCUCUGUUCGAAGGCAUAUGAUGAUGUACUGUUUGUAAGCAAUAAUACACGACAGUGCUAACUUUACAAGUAGCAUAAGGAUAAGUUCCAAAAAUACCUUUGGGAGUUAAUAGCCUUGUUUGAGUUAAUGAAUAUUCUUACAUCAUUUUUUUAGAAAUAAAUUCAAAUGUCCUCCUGCUGGAGUAUAUAACAUUGUUUACACAGCACAAUUUCAGUCACAGAGGGGACAGUCUUUAGAUCUAUGGCUUCAUCCGUACACUUUUUGAGUAAGAAAUGAAUGGCUUGGCUGCACUUCUGCAAGAUGAGGAAGACUGCAAAAGUUGAAUAGCUGUGUCUCUAAAGGAUGAGAGAUACUAUUCUGCUUCUGUGCUGAUUCCUGACAAUUCCUCUACUUAAAUUUGGAGUCUUUAAGUCCUGAUAUUGAACUGACGAGACUUGGGCCUCCAGUAGAAAGGAGUAGUUCUCUUACUUCAUAUGCAGAUAAACAGUGAACUUACACGUCA